AUGAUACGAGAAGUGUCUCGGGAUAAGGCCUAUUGGAUCCAUCACAAUGAAAUCAGCGAGAAUGGUCAAAUGCUUGUGAAAGAGAUCGGAUGUUUUUUUGGAAGUGCCUCGUUUUUUCGGUUGUGCAAAAGAAAUAUACAAAAGUUUAAUUUUGACGACGAAACAUUGUCCGCUAAUUCAAAAGUUGUAUCUUGGAUUGAAAAAAGUUCUCCUUCGAACUCGUUUUCAGCUGGUUUAAUGAUUCAUCCGACUACAUUCUGGGAGUUCUGCUACCCUCCGUCUUACCAUCAGCGUUGUGGUAUAAAUCAAAAUCUGGAAACAGGAAAAAAAACCUUUGGUGGAAUCACAGGAAUACUUUAUUUUAAGAUUAAGUUCAAUUAAUGACUUAAAUCGUAAAAUUUCUGAACUCAUUUCUACAAAUUUUGAGAAUAAUUUCACUCUUCAAUCAUUUAUAAUAGUGGAAGGUAUAAGCUGUACUUGCCUCAACUCAUUCUUUGUCUAUUUUGAUCAAACUUUGUACAAACAAGAUUCAGUAAUUGGUUGCAUAGAGAUAUGUUUUAAAAUUUUCAAUACAUUGAAUCUAAAAUAUCCUGCAGCCGCCCAAUUACCAUGGGUUUUCAUGCAAGAAUUUUUUUACUAUAUUCAUACGCCUUGUGAUGUAAAAUCACCAAACUUAAGAGCACUUCUAAAUUUUAUGAAUGAAUAAGUUUCAAAUUAUGUCAGACAACAAUAGUUUUCCAUGUUUUAGAUGCGGAAAGGUUGAAGAAUCGCCUAAGUUGUUAAUUAAUCACUUAAAGUUUAUGCAUUUGAUUACCAAAAAUUACACGUUACAAUGC